AUGGCGGAAGGGAAGUUGAUGAGAAUGGAGGAGGUGCCGUGUGAGGACCUCCUUCUGUGCUUCCAAGCUAUCCAGGAUGGUCAUCAUGGCAUUCAGCCCAGCACGAUCUGCUCCUGGGAGCUGCAAGACGGUGCAUCGUGCAGGGGCUCUGGAGUGCCGUGUAAUACGUUCUGCAACACGGAAGAUGAAUUCAAGGACAAAGCGAAGGCAGGAAUCCAUUUCGAGUUUGAAUCAUUGAUUUCUCCUUCAGAAAUGAUUGAGUCAAGCGGAUCUGAGACGAUUUCUUCCAACGAGCUGGUUGAAAAUAGGAUGGAUCCUACAGAAAAUGCGCAGCAGGAGUUCGCUAGCCAGUGCUUCCACUCUUUCCCAAUUCAGCAAAGAGCAAGAGAUGGCCAGAAACGAUGGGCAAGGACGCUGAAAAAGUUGAAGAGUGUUUGGAACAAUGUCGUUCCUGGCCAUGACCUGCACGAAAGGUUUGAAGGACAGCUGAAACUUUGCUUCUCGGCGAAGUUCAAGAAGCAGAAAGAGGCCCUCUUGCGCUAUCUUCAGAUUUCUGCAGUCAAAGGUCUCAUUAAACCUCUGGCAUUCCAGGAGCCAACUAUUCAGCUGCAUGGCCAGGAGAAGAACUUUGCUGGUUGGACUGGCUUCAAGGUGGUUCCUCAAGAAGCGCUCAGCUUCAAGCAUGGAUUGUUCGACAUGUUCGUGGAAGGCACAUCGAGGCCCUGCCCGACCAACACUAUCCAUAACAUGUUCAGGAGAGCGAACCUGGUUCCUCAGUCUCUGGGCAAAUGGAGUGGGUCGGCGAGAAGCGAAAGCACCGCUGCGAGCAAGACUUUGAGCUGA